AGUCAGUAAAGCGGACUCGAACCGCGCAGUCGCGCGGUGCGUCGGUGCUCGUAGUUUUUUUAGUUUUGACAGUUGGCGGGUUUUUUCGUUUUGUUCAUCUAGAUUAUUACGUGUGAAAAUCAUAGAUUUUAAGUUAGUGUAAUCUGUGUUUUUUCUAUUUUUCUCUAGUGUACGACUAGUCAUUGUGAAUUUUCCACGCUGGCUGUGAAUAGUGAUUGCACGCCCCUGUGUACUGCCGUGGUUUGAGUGCGGAAUUUUGUGAUUUCUCAUUCGGAUAUUGUAUUGUGAACGUGAAUAUUUUGCUGUCAGGAACGACAAAGGUCGCCUCCUGCAGCAUAAUAGGGAGCCAUACGCCGCGGCGAAAAGACGGGUGCGACACGCACUCGUGAUCUAGAGGGUUGUCGGGCGUGGUGCGGGCGGAGGCCGCAGGCCCGGCACCAUGGCUACCGUGGAGGGGCGGCCGGCGCAAUAUGGCGUCUCCCUACGGCAGCUCCGCGAGCUGAUGGAGUCGCGGGGCGCCGAGGGUUUGGCCAAGAUCAACGCACUCGGCGGGCCACAAGAGCUCUGCAAGAAGCUUUACACAUCUCCCACAGAUGGUCUUAGCGGUUCGAAGGCGGACCUACAACACAGGCGAGAAGUUUUCGGCUCGAAUCUAAUCCCGCCCAAACCCCCCAAGACCUUUCUCACUCUGGUCUGGGAGGCGUUGCAGGACGUUACCCUUAUCAUCCUCGAAGUGGCCGCCGUGGUCUCAUUAGGGUUGAGUUUCUACAAGCCACCGGAAGAUCCCAGCGACUCUGCACAUCUCGAUGAAGAAGAAGGCCACUACCAAUGGAUCGAAGGUCUGGCGAUCUUAAUCUCCGUCAUCGUCGUCGUAAUAGUCACAGCGUUCAACGAUUACACAAAAGAAAGACAAUUCAGAGGUUUGCAAUCCCGGAUAGAAGGCGAACACAAGUUUGCCGUGAUCCGGGGUGGCGAGGUGAAGCAGAUACCCAUAAGCGAGAUAGUCGUCGGGGACAUCUGCCAGAUAAAAUAUGGUGAUUUGCUGCCGGCUGACGGGUUACUGUUGCAAAGCAACGAUCUCAAGAUCGAUGAAUCUUCGUUGACAGGCGAAUCAGACCAUGUCAAAAAGGGUGAAUCAUUUGAUCCCAUGGUGCUAUCCGGUACUCACGUUAUGGAAGGUUCAGGCAAAAUGUUGGUAACAGCUGUCGGCGUUAACUCACAAGCCGGUAUAAUAUUCACGCUUCUUGGCGCAGCUGUUGAGAAACAGGACAAAGAGAUAAAGCAAAUGAAGAAAGAAGCUAAAAAGCAGCAGAAGAAGGGAUCGCAGCGCAAGAGCCUUACCGGUGGCGAUGAGGACGCGACGUUGCCGGCGGCGGCGUCGGGCAACAGCCACGGGGCCAACCACGCGCGCGCCGACAACCACGUGCCGCCGCCCGCGGACAAGCCAGCGCCAGACACCUCGCACAAGAAGGAGAAGUCCGUGCUGCAGGCCAAGCUCACCAAGCUAGCCAUACAGAUCGGUUACGCGGGCUCAACGAUCGCAGUACUAACGGUGAUAAUACUGAUUAUAAACUUCUGUAUCCACACGUUCGUGGUGGAAGGGAAGCCGUGGCGUGCUGUGUACAUCAACAAUUUAGUGAAACAUCUCAUCAUUGGUGUCACCGUACUCGUGGUAGCCGUGCCUGAAGGGUUGCCGUUAGCUGUCACUCUCUCUCUCGCUUACUCCGUUAAGAAAAUGAUGAAAGAUAACAACUUGGUCAGGCAUCUGGACGCGUGCGAAACGAUGGGCAACGCCACCGCUAUAUGUUCCGAUAAGACUGGUACCCUUACCACCAACCGCAUGACUGUCGUACAAUCUUACAUCUGCGAGAAACUGUGCAAGGUGACGCCUAAUUUCCGUGACAUUCCGUCGGAGGUGGGUGAUACCAUGAUCGAGGGAAUGAGUCUGAACAGCGCCUUUACAUCAAGAAUCAUGCCGUCACAAGACCCCGGAGGGCCUACCAUGCAGGUGGGCAACAAGACUGAGUGCGCGCUUCUCGGGUUCGUGCUAGCUCUCGGGCAGAGUUACGACGCGCUGCGCGAUAGACACCCGGAGGAGUCGUUCACGCGCGUCUACACGUUCAACUCGGUGCGCAAGAGCAUGUCCACCGUCAUACCGUACAAGGGCGGUUACAGGCUAUACACCAAGGGCGCAUCCGAAAUAGUGCUCAAGAAAUGCGCGUUCAUAUACGGCCACGAAGGAAAACUGGAGAAGUUCACGAGGGAUAUGCAAGAAAGACUGGUGAGACAGGUGAUAGAACCGAUGGCCUGCGACGGAUUGAGAACUCUGUCCAUCGCCUUCAGGGACUUCGUGCCCGGGAAGGCUGACAUCAAUCAGGUGCAUAUAGACCAAGAGCCGAAUUGGGACGACGAAGAUAACAUUGUGAACAACCUAACGUGCCUGUGCGUAGUCGGUAUCGAGGAUCCUGUAAGACCCGAGGUACCAGAAGCGAUAAGAAAAUGUCAAAAGGCUGGUAUAACAGUACGCAUGGUGACCGGUGACAACGUGAAUACGGCGCGAUCUAUAGCAAUCAAGUGUGGCAUACUGAAACCAAAUGACGAUUUCCUCAUACUAGAGGGUAAAGAGUUCAACAGGCGGAUCAGGGACGCAAACGGAGAGGUUCAACAGCAUCUAUUGGAUAAAGUGUGGCCGAAACUGCGCGUUUUAGCGCGAUCGUCGCCCACCGACAAGUACACACUAGUGAAGGGAAUGAUAGAGUCUAAGGCGUUCGAUACCCGUGAAGUGGUCGCUGUUACAGGGGACGGAACAAAUGACGGGCCCGCGCUCAAGAAGGCCGACGUGGGAUUCGCUAUGGGUAUCGCGGGCACGGACGUAGCGAAGGAGGCGUCCGAUAUCAUCCUAACGGACGACAAUUUCUCGUCCAUCGUGAAAGCUGUGAUGUGGGGCAGGAACGUGUACGAUUCCAUCGCCAAGUUCCUCCAGUUCCAACUCACUGUGAACGUUGUAGCUGUUAUAGUAGCAUUCAUUGGUGCCUGCGCGAUACAGGACAGUCCGCUUAAGGCUGUACAAAUGUUAUGGGUGAAUCUUAUAAUGGACACCCUAGCGUCACUCGCGCUCGCUACCGAGAUGCCGACACCUGAUUUAUUGCAACGCAAGCCUUACGGACGAACCAAACCGCUCAUCUCACGCACCAUGAUGAAGAACAUCCUCGGGCAGGCCCUCUACCAGCUAUUCAUCAUCUUCUCAUUACUUUUCGUCGGCGACAGAUUGCUCAACAUCCCGUCUGGACGGGGACAGGCGUUAGGCGCAGAACCAACACAACACUUCACUAUAAUAUUCAACACUUUCGUGAUGAUGACCCUCUUCAACGAGAUCAACGCGCGGAAGAUCCACGGCCAGAGGAAUGUGUUCCAGGGAUUGUUCACCAAUCCUAUAUUCUAUUCCAUAUGGAUCGGUACAGCGCUCUCGCAGGUGGUGAUAAUCCAGUUCGGUGGCAUGGCGUUCAGUACGGCGGGUCUGACGAUGGAGCAGUGGCUCUGGUGCUUAUUCUUCGGCGCGGGCACUCUCGUGUGGGGACAACUUGUCACCUCCGUGCCCACACGCAAGAUACCCAAGACCCUCACGUGGGGCCGCGGGCAACCGGAACCGGACGCGAUGCAGCCAGGGCCGGACUAUGAUGCGGACCUGGACAAGAAGCCGCGUGCCGGACAGAUACUCUGGAUCAGGGGCCUUACCCGUCUGCAGACGCAGGUCAUAGGUGGCGAGUUACAAGAACGCUUGAUACCGGUGCCCUACAGCAAGACAUCUACCGAUCAAGCUAUCCGCGUGGUGAACGCGUUCCGGCAGGGGCUGGACUCGCGCGGCUCGCUGGCUGACGCGGCGCUCGCGGAGGCGCUUCGGAAGCAGACGGCGCUCUCGAAGCGGUUCUCUCACUCGUCCAGCAUCGAGUACGCGGACGCGGCGCGCGACACACUAGCGCCACACGACAUCGACGUCGAGCGACUCUCCAGCCACAGCCACACGGAGACGGCCGUGUAACGCCCCCCCUCCCGCCCUAACAAACACCCCGCCCCGCACAUAUGCAAUAAUUUAGCGAUUAACAGUAUUAAGGGCCGCACGGACACACUCGAACCGUUCAGCUGCCAUCGCUCCGACGAUCGUGUAUAGAAUCAAUAUUUUUGAUGUAACGAGGAUGAUCGAGUUUCGUAUUUGAUUUCGGUGCGCCCGGUCGUGUGGCACCGACGCUUGCGCCGGCGCAUCUGAGCAUGAGUUAUAUUGUUAACUAGUGUGUUUAAUUAUUCGAUUGUUUUGAAAAUAUUUUAUUAUUAUACGCGCGUCGUAACGCGCGCGUCUGUUGAACAAAUAAAAAAAAUAUUGUCUAAUUAUUAAUUUUAGAUUUAAGCGCAAGGAUGAGCGAAUGGGCGUGUGUUUUUUGAAAAAAAAUAAAAUUUUCGCAUACCAUCGUGUCAUCUCUUACACGGAAUGAAAUGUUUUAUAUUGCUUUUGUCGAAGACACGUGUUGUGUGGGGGUGGCGGUGGGAGGGAGGCGCGCGCGCGGCUGCCUCGUCUCAUCUUUUGUAUAAAGUUAUUUCAUUUGUAGCGCAGCAUCAUCGUUUGUACGUACGCCGAGUGAUAUUAUCUGGCCAGCGCGGCCUCCCGCCCACGCACACACACACUACAACUAAAUUAUUGAAGUAUUACUUAAGGUGUUUGUUAUAAAUUUCAAUAACUUUUUUUUUGUUUUUACGACCUUUUCCCCCUAAAUCUAAGUAUACAUUUAAGUCAUAUCUCGAAGCGUAGACGCAUCAACUGAAAAGUUUCUAUACAAGAACCGUGAAACUGAAUUCUUGUGUAAAAACCGAGGUAGUCCACUUUAAACAUCUUCAAAAUGUUUAAAAAUAGAAAUAAACAUUAAAUUGUAUAGCUGAAGGUAUUUAUUUGUAAUGCUAGUCUCUUAUGAAAACAAAAUACUAAUUAUUCAAUUAUUAUAAUGUACUUAUUGAUUAUUGAUAAAUACUUACUUCAAGUUUAUUAAACAAGAUAUAGUCUACGGUGUAUCGAAUUGAUUUCGGAAUUUUUUCUCUAUGAGCAAUAGCGAGCACGGGCGAGCGCGCACCGUCGUGUUACUAUAGUGCGAACGUUCGCGAGCGUGCGUCCUACGUACGACAGUGAGUAGUUAAUGUGAGCGCGCACAUGCUCGCGAGCGUGCUCGCCAAUUUGCACGCGAUGCGCGCGCGCCGGCACCGAUAUAGGCGAGGUAGGAUCGCAGCAGUGGCAUUUUCAACUUAUAACGUAAGACAUGUACUUUAUCAAUUUAGUGACGAGUCGAAACCGGAGUCGCACCAGAGCGGGCCGUACCGCUCGCCGCCCACAUGUUUUUAGUGAAUAAAUUGAAUCAGAAACGAUUUAGCGAAUCGGCAAUGUUCAAUUUUGUAUAGAACGUUUCAUAGUAGCGGUAUUGAGAAGUUGUUACGUUUUAUUUGUGAGGCUCUUUUCGUAGCGCGCCGCUCCGAGCACCGCCGCGCCAUAACAAUGGCGGACGGCGGCGGACGGACGAUUAGUGGCGCAACAACUAUUAAAAAAAAAAACUAUUAAACAAUCUUGUAAGUAAUUAAGUAUUAGCUUCGAAUCAAUAAAGCCUUUUUAAAAAAAAUUAGUUAAAAAAUGGAACUAUUGAAACUUCACAUGUUUAAAUAAAUAAUAAAAAUUAGUUAUGAUUUCAGUGAAUAGAGAGGUCAUGGUAUCGUUUUGUGUAUAUUUACUAUUAUUAUUAAUUUUUUUUUCGUUGAUAUUCGUUACCACGAGUUCCCCAAUGAAAGACAUAAAUUAGGAGUCUAUACUGUAAUUUAAUGUUGCGUGGUGACGCGCGACCUUACCUAACAAUAAAUUGUUUUGACACGACAGUCUGCCACUAACCAUUUUAGGUAAUAAGUCCCAUUGUUGUAUUUUUCGUCUCACAAUAAAUGAAAUCUAUUUUAUUGUUUUU